AUGAAUGCAGCAUCAGCACCGAGUGUCCAAGAGGGAGUAAAUAGAAGGAAUACGAAUAUUCCUUUACCUGAAGGAAUUCAUCUUCUAUCAUCGAAAGAGAUAAUCGAUCUAAUUCAAACUCACAGACAUCAAUUGGAGCUAUAUGUCACAAAAUUCAAUCCCCUAACAGAUUAUGCUGAGAAAAUCAAUGCUUUCAGAGACCAAUUUAAACAACUAGAAGAUAAUUUUGAAGAAUUAAAUCAACAAAAAAAUAAGGUUCAAUCCCUAUUAGAAGAAUGCAGGAUUCUAGAAUCCAAAUACGUAGCCAGCUGGCAAGAUUAUCAUUUAGAAUUCUCAGAGAAGUAUGGUAACAUAGCAAUGAGGAAAAAACUAGAGCAAAAAACCAAAAAACUUGAUGAGGAGAGUUCGCAAUUAGAAACUUCGAUGAGGACCAUCGAGUCGGCAGAUGACUUAGAACAAUUCAUUAAAAAUUAUAUGGAUAUACGAACGCAAUAUCAUUUGAGAAGAGAGAAACUAGCAACCUGGGAAAGCCAAGGUGAUUUGAGAUACUAA